AUUCAUCUGAUGUCUGGGUUUUUUUUAAUGCGAAGACAAUAUCUCUAUAUCUCUUUAUGUGCUACACAAACAGACUUUAUAGCAGACUGUUCCGUCUGACUCUAAUGUCAGAAAGAACAACCAAACUGUAAAUUCAUCAUACAUCAAUUUGUGUAAUUUAUAUAAUAACUUAUCCAUGCCUGUACAAUUGGUAUGUUCCUGCAUAAACAGGAAGAAAUAUAUUAUUAUUAAUAAAGGUGACAGGAUUACACAAAGAUAAUUAGUGGUAAUGAGGAUGCCCACAGAGACAAAGGAGUUUCAGGUUGCCUAAGUGUUUGGAAGGGUUUAUGAGUCAGAAAGGAUCAGAGAAACACAAAGGAAUAAGUAAAGCAGUUAGGUUGUUCACUAAAAGAUACUCUUCACCGAGAUUCUUGUUUCACUCCUAUCUUCCUACUUUUGAUCUAAGUGAGAGGUCAGGAAUGGUGUCUCCUCUUUUUUGUUCUCCAAUAUUGGGUUAAAAAGCAUGCGGAAAAUUACACUAGUAUCCGUGUCAAUUUUCCCAAUUUUUAUUGUGUUACUCAUACCAAUAUUACCGAUUGUAUCAGGAAGAAUUUUUCUAAAGGCAGACUUGCACAUGACUCUAUUCAGAUACAUAGAAUGUCCCCUCUUCCAGAUACCUGUGUUUUAAUUAGAGUAAGAAUGUGUUGGCCACUGCAAGAGCUCAGUAUUCAGUAUUGUUUUCGUUUACUGGUUUAAAUGUUGUGAGUGUGACGCCGAAUCCCUCAACUUAUUUUUAUAUACUCCAUUAUCCUAUCCUGGUUUUUGUCCUGUUACCAGCACCAUUAGUAUUUUCUUUCUGUUCUCCUCCUUUAUUUCUUUCACGUGUAUGCCCCAACCGGCCUACAUAUCCUAAAUUUAAUUCUCUCGCCGUUACUUCCAUUUAAUCUGUCUGCUCACUCCCUAGAUUUCAUUUCAACUUGCUUACUGCUUGUUUCUCUGGAGUACCUGCCAACCUAACAGGAAAACCGCUAGGUAAAAUGAAACUUAUGAGUCCAAGAAUCUCCAAUACACAAUUAACAUAUCUCAAGUCGAAUAAAUUUUUCCAAAACAUCUGUAAACCUUUUAAAGACGUGGUUAACAUUCAGUUCAUAAUUAGAAGCGAACAGCAGUUUGAUAUUGCUCGAAAUCACACUGGAGAGAAGUCGGCAACUUUUUCCCUCGAAAAUGUGAGGAAGCCCGUGGAGCCAAUCGAUACACAUCCAAAGGAACGUAUGCAACGUUCAAUAGAUGCCACAGUUUUCCCUCCUAAGCCUGAGCGCUAUGAAAAGGUUGCGUACGUACGACUAGCUCCAGGUGAAGUAUUCACAUUUCCAGACAUAUUUAAAGAUAAACGUCCAUCAGAUGUUAUGGAAACUCUCGAUGAGAAUGCUUCUACACCUAAGGAUGAAUCAAAGGAUAUUAUCCUAUCAGCUGACAACCAAGUUGAAUCAGAAACUAAGAAAUUUCAGCGUGUUAAAGGUUAUAGCAAAUGGUUUAAAUUUUAG